UCCGCUCUCGCCCUCGCGCUCUGCUCUCCCCGACUCGUCGUCGGCUCACUGCUCCCCACUCGCCGCCUCCGCCCGCGGUGUCGCCGGCCACGGGCUAACCUCUUCGGCCCCUCGCGCUCCCGCCUCUUCCUCCCACGUUUGUUAUUGGUGCGGUUUAGGGUCAGCCCUACUCCCCCACGCCGCGGAGCCCGUGCCGCAUCUCGGGCGCAGCACGAACGUCAGCUUGAGCGCGCCGCGAACGUCGUCGGCGAGGAGGGACGGGGCGAGAAGAAGGAUGGAGGCGCUGAGGAAGCAGGCGAGCAAGUUCAAGGAGCAGGUGGCCAAGCAGCAGCAGGCCGUGAUAAAGCAGUUCAGUACUACGGGUUAUGAACAUUCAGAUGCUGUUGUUAUUGAUGAAGUUGAAUUACAGAGGCAUCAACAGCUUGAGAAGUUGUACACUUCUACUCGUUCUGGAAGGGAUUUCCAAAAGGACAUUGUUCGAGCAGCUGAAGGCUUGGUUGCUAUUGGAAGCAGGCAUGUUGAAGUGGGAACAAAAUUUUCAGAGGACUGUUUCAGAUAUGGAGGUGAAACUAAUGCCAGUGAUGAAGCCCUUGCAAAAGCAGCAUCACUGUAUGGAGGUGCUUUGAGAAAUGUUGAGAAAGAAUAUGAAGAUUUCAAUAGAAUUUUAUCUUCUCAGACAAUAGAUCCAUUGAGGGCUAUGGCUACAGGUGCUCCCUUGGAAGAUGCCCGUGGUCUUGCACAACGUUAUAGCCGGAUGAGACAUGAAGCUGAGAUCCUUUCUGCUGAAAUUGCUAGAAGGAAGCAAAGAGUACGAGAAGCUCCACUUGCUGAGCACACUACGAAGCUUCAACAGUCUGAAUCUAAAAUGAUAGAGCACAAAGCAAGCAUGGCUGUGUUAGGAAAGGAAGCUGCUGCUGCACUUGCUGCUGUUGAAUCUCAGCAGCAAAGGGUAACUCUUCAACGCCUGGUUGGCAUGGUAGAAGCAGAAAAGUUAUUCCAUUUGAGGUUGGCUGCUAUACUUGAUGAUGUUGAAGCCGAGAUGUCCUCUGAGAAGCAAAAGAGGGAAUCUGCACCACCUACUAUUCCUUCUCAUAAGCGUGCUGAGAAGGCUCAGUACUUCCUUGCUGAGGCGGUGCAUAGCUUCAAUGGUACCACAGAAAAGGAACUGAGCUUAAUUUCUGGUGAUUAUGUCGUCGUUCGUCAGAUUGCUCCUAAUGGUUGGGCUGAAGGAGAAUGCAGAGGGAAGGCAGGAUGGUUUCCGGCCGGCUUUGUGGAGAGGCGCGAAAACAUCCCGCCAAACAAAGUCUUCCCACAAGCAUAAUCUGUCGCUGGAAGUCUGUGGUUUGGGUGUGACUGCCGUGAUUUUGGUCCUUUUUGGAGUUGGUUAGCCUGUAUGACCGGUAUGUUUAUUUUGUGUACCUUGUACAUCCCCUGGUGGUUUACUGGUUUAGAGAGAUGUAUAUGAAACUUGCAUGUGAUCAGUAUACCAUGUUUUCGCGGCAGCAGUAAGAGACAUUAGACUAAAGCCUAGUCAUUUCGUGACGAUGCCUUUCAUCAAAUGUAAAGUUUUUAUCUUUGUGCUGAAUUCUUUCGCUAAUUAUGUGCUCAUUGAUUGA